CGAUUUGUAUGGCUCCGUGGGUCUCCUGGCACUGGGAAGACGGCGGUAUCUAUGAGCAUCGCAUCGAUGCUUGAGAAGGAAGGUACUCUUGCAGCCUCCUUCUUUUGGGACAAAAAUCAAAAGGGGACGGGCCUCGAUUCUCUAGAGAAAUUUCCUUCUACACUGGCACGUCAACUUGCGAUUUUCAAUGUGGACUUCAAGGUUUCGCUCGUCAAACGCCUUCGAGAGCCGAAUUCGGAGUUGGUUCUAAGCCUUCCUCUGGAGAAGCAAAUGAGGAUUUUAAUUCUCGAGCCGAUGAAUGGUCUCAAGGGCAUAUUGUCUGCAAGCGAGAAACGUUUUACCAUCAUCUUGGAUGGUUUAGAUGAAUGU